CUCAAAACUUACAUAUAAAAGGAGUAAAAGAGCCACUUUUUGAAGAAUAAUGAAGAAAAGAAAAGGGGAAAGAAAAACUCGUCCAUUUCAAUUUUUCUGUUAUCUUUUGUUCUUCUACUUCAAUUAUCUUAUCACUAGUUGAAACCAACCAAAUCAAAAACCAAAACCCACUUCUUCUUUUUUUGGUUUUCCCUCUCUUUUGAUGUGAUAGAUCCAUAGAUCUAUUGAUUCUGGUUUUGAAGCUCGCAUGAAGCCUUUUCCCAGAUCCUCCUUUCAAAAUAUAAACCAAAGUGGUCAAUUUUUUUUUAAAAAAGUUUUCCAUUUUUGUGUUGAGGCUCAAAGAGUUUAAGGCUCACGGUUCUGGUUUCUAGGGAGUGUUUUUUGGAGGAGAUGAGGGAUGUUAUCUGGGUUUAUGAACUUCUUGAGGGCCUGUUUUCGGCCAAGGUCAGAUCGAUUCGUUCACACAAGCUCUGAUGCUGGAGGUCGCCAAGAUGGGCUUUUGUGGUACAAGGACUCAGGGCAACACUUUAGUGGCGAGUUCUCGAUGGCAGUGGUUCAGGCCAACAAUUUACUUGAGGAUCAGAGCCAGCUCGAGUCUGGUUGUUUGAGUUCACACGAGUGCGGUCCCUAUGGUACUUUUGUUGGCGUGUAUGACGGGCAUGGGGGCCCAGAGACUUCGCGCUACAUCAAUACUCAUCUCUUUCAACAUCUUAAACGGUUCACAUCAGAGCAACAGACGAUGUCGGUUGAUGUAAUACAAAAAGCGUAUCAAGCAACAGAAGAGGGUUUUUUGUCUAUUGUUACCAAACAGUGGCCUAUAAAACCACAAAUUGCAGCUGUUGGAUCCUGUUGCCUGACUGGUAUUAUCUGUGGUGGAUCCCUUUAUGUUGCCAACCUUGGCGAUUCCCGUGCUGUUUUGGGUAGAGCUGUGAAAGCAACAGGAGAGGUUCUGGCCAUUCAGCUCUCUGCUGAGCAUAAUGCGUGUAUAGAGUCAGUGAGACAGGAGCUGCAAUCAUUGCACCCUGAUGACCCACAAAUUGUAGUUUUGAAGCACAAUGUGUGGCGUGUAAAAGGUCUAAUACAGAUUUCCAAAUCUAUUGGCGAUGUAUAUUUGAAAAGGGCUGAGUUCAACAGGGAGCCUUUAUAUCCUAAAUUCCGCCUUCGCGAAACUUUCAAAAAGCCGAUAUUGAGCUCAGACCCUUCAAUAUCAGUGCACCAGCUGCAGCCACAUGAUCAGUUUGUGAUAUUUGCAUCUGAUGGGCUCUGGGAGCACCUAAGCAAUCAAGAAGCUGUUGAUAUAGUUCAGAAUCAUCCACGAAGAGGAAUUGCAAAGAGGCUGGUAAAAACUGCAUUACAUGAGGCAGCAAAGAAGAGAGAAAUGAGAUAUUCCGACUUGAAGAAGAUUGACCGCGGUGUCCGUCGCCAUUUCCACGACGACGUCACAGUUAUUGUGGUGUUUCUUAACUCAAACCUCGAGAUCAAGGCAACCUCUGUUAAGGCUCCUAAUCUAUCCGUUCGAGGCAGAGGAGUCACCUUGCCUCAUAAUACACUGGCUCCUUGUGCUAUGCCAACUGAAGCUGGCAGUACCUGAUCAUGCCGCAUCACAUGUAUUUCUUUGUUGUAUGGUCUUCUUUAUGUGAAUACCAGGUAGCUUCCGG